GUCUAAAUCCGCCGCUGUAUUUAAAAUAAAUCUUUUCUCCUUUUUUAUCUGGCUUAUUUUUGUAAUUUUUCUAAAGAAUAUUGUGGAUUUUAAGUUAGUAAUAAGCUGUCAUUAACAAAACAGUUAUAAAUUGUCUAUAAAUGUAAUUAUUAUUUUAAUUAUAGUGUAGAAUUUUAAAAUAUUUUCUAUUCAAUCAAAUAAUGGCAGUUGCAGCACCCACAAAAGUUGUUAGGACAAAUAUGCACUCACUUGUAGCAGGUGUGGAGAAGUUAUCCUUUCAAAAUAAACCACGUGGAAAAGAUGAUUUAAACAAAGAUUUCAGUAAAUUGCUGGACCAUUCCAAAAAGAAAUUGUCAUCCCUUGAUUCCCAAAGAGUUGUCAGUGUUGUUGAUGAUCUCAUACGUCGUUGUGAACUAGUUACGCUGUUACCUUAUUUGGUAGAAAAUCUUGAUCGUUUUUCGGUUAUGCUAGGUUCAGAUUUGUGUAGUGUUUUAAAAGAAUAUGAUUACAUUCAACUGCUACACACAAAAGCAAUGGCAAGUCAAAGAAAGUCCAAACGACCUCAAUCAACAAACUCUAAUGUGGAGUCAGAAGAACAUGACAAGAUAGAUGAUAACAAUGACUAUAGUUCUGCUGAUGAACAGGUUGAAUACCUUGCAUCGAAACUUUCUAGUGUUGUUAACAUUACUAUACGCUUGUUUAGAAAUAAUCCAGCAGCAUAUAAUGCUAUAAAAGAUGAACGUAAUGAGAGAUCACAUGAAUCAAACACUUUUAUUGACCAUCUCGUGUUGUUACGAGAGCAAAUUUUUGCCAGAUUGGUAACUGCACCAGGUGAGGAACGAGAAAAACAGCGAACGACUGUUCAAAUGAUGAUAAAAGAAAAAAAAUCUCAAGCUUUAAUUAAAAAGUUGGAAGAUGAAUUGAAUAUAACAACACAAGAAAAAGAAAAUAUGGUGCAUCAGAAAAAUGAAGAAAUACGAAAGUUAAAGUUAGCCAUUCAAACUUUAGAACAGGAAUCUGAUAUAGUCAACCGAAAACUUAUUUCUGAUGCUGACAAGAUUCAAACGUCUGAAAUAAAAAAUUCAGAUGGAAAAAAAGCAAAACUUCAGCAGGAGGUUAUUCGUUUAAAACAAAAACUGAAUUCAGAUACUGCAACGCAUCGGAAUAACGAGUUAGCUCUUAGAAAGCGGAAGUACAAGAUUGAAACGGAAGUCGAGAACUGGAUACAGAAAUAUGACGGCGAUAUGACAGAACGACAGGAUGAGCUGGAAGAGUUAAGUUUUAUAUACACCGAAGAGAAGAAACAACUUCACGAUUUAGAAGAACGUUUCAAAGUACUCGAAGAAGAAUACGAUCAGAUCAUGGAAGAAAGGCGUAUCGCACAAGAGAAGCGUGAAGAAGCGGAGCGUGAAUUGCGGAAUAUGGUGAAAGCAGCGACGUUGUUACAAGCUUUCUGGAGGGCUUACAAGUGUAGAAAGGCGUUGAAAGCAAAACAGAAGAAAAGCAAGAAAGGGAAAAAUGCAAAAAAUGCGAAAAAGAAAAAGAAAUAACGUGAUAUGAAAUGUUUUUAGUAUAAAACCGAUUUGAAAGGCAAGCAACAAUAUCAGAAUGCAUCAGUACACACUAUAUCCAAGAAAAAAGUGUUUCUGGUCUGAUCAAUGUUUAGUUUUCUGUUAACUCGACAAAAGUUUUUUCGGCUAAGAUCAAUCGAUAACCCUCCUCUGUUGGGUAAGGUUCAAAAAUUCAUGGAAGGUCUUUUUAAGCACUCUAUUAGUAAAAAUAUUUUUUUCUCUCUCGUACAGAUAGAAAUAGGUUUUAAAACUACUGCGUGAUUUUAAAUAAUAUAUGCGAUAGUUAUGUAAAUAUGUUUCUAAAUUAUUGUAAAAACAUUAAAUUUAUUAUGAAAACAAUUUCACGAUCAAA